UCGGGCGUUUCGGGUUUCCGUUGUGAGAUUAACAAGUAUUUUGACCAUCAGUAUAUAUUAAUCAUUACAGUAGAGAUAUCUUAAAAAUAUAUGGUGUUUGACUAUUAGAUAUUAUUACAUUUUACAUUCUAAACGAGUUGUAAGUAAAAUAUUGAUACAUAAAAUCGAUUUAACCUACAAACUUGUGAACUGCGUCUUUCAUAAUGUAUGCUCGUGAAUAUUGGCAACAGUGAAUAACACAUCGGCGGGGUUUCCAUGACCGAUCGCACGGACAGCGGCAGCCAUUCCGGGAUACGCUUAGAAGAGAAAGCGUUUGGCGUUCUUUGGAAAAAGGAAAUUUCUUUGUUGUCGCGUUAGAAUUUAUAUACAACAUCUAUAGUCAACAUUCUCCUUAUGAGAUCUGCCGUUUUUGCAUAGUAAGUUCGGAUCUUAGGCAACUCAGUGUGUGUUAGGUGUCAAGAUCAGAUAUCGGCGUACAUCAGUGGACUUUUGUACAAUGACACGGUGCGGUUGACUCCUCCUUUUCUGCUUCUCCACUUUAUUGUCCUUUGCUGAUGGACUGUUCGCUGCUUGGUCGUCUUUAUUCUCGUCGACUUCUUAUCUUUCAUCAUACGUUUUAACUGAGGGUGAAGAAGGAAGAAAUUUCUCAAGUGUCUAAAGCCGAAGAUCGUUCGUGGUAAACUGUCGAAAAUGAGCGUGAUAAUCAGGCUACAGAACUUGGCAUGGUCCGCCAACGCUCUGGACAUUCGCCAGUUUUUCAGAGGGCUGAGCAUACCGGAAGGAGGCGUCCACAUCGUCGGCGGCGAGCUGGGGGACGCGUUUAUAGCAUUCAGCACCGACGAGGAUGCCCGUCAGGCGAUGAUGCACGACGGCGGCAAGAUCAAGGAGAUGAAGAUCAAGCUGCUGUUGAGCUCGCGGACCGAGAUGCAAAAAGUCAUAGAGGCAGCCAGACAGCAGACACUGAGCCUGCAGUCGUUCAUGCAAACGGCGCCGGUCGCUGUGCCGGCUGUGGUCCAAAAGCCGGGCUCACCUGGCGACCGUAGGGACAAGGAGAAGGACAAUGACAGUGAGUCCGGCAAGGACAGGAAGGACAGACGGGACAGAUCACGGUCCAGGGAACGGUCGAGGUCCCGUGAUCGUGAUCGUGACAGGGACAGACGGGACAGGGACAGGGGGCGGGACCGUAGACGCAGGGACAGAAGCAGAUCGCGCGACAGAGAACGGGAUAGAAGGGACAGGCGUCGUAGACGGGACAGAUCGAGGUCACGGGAUCGCACACGGUCCAGGGACAGGGACACGAAGCGCAGUUCCACUGGUGAGCGUCGAAAGGACACGAACGAGGACGACAACAAUGACGUCGUGUGCGUCGGUCAGUUCCACAAGGACAAACCGGUGGCAGGCGGCGCGAAGAAACCGAUUGAGAACGGGAUCUGGGAGGUGCCACCCCAAACGCAGAUGCAGGCGGCCGCCAUGUUGGCGCCUGGGAUCCUAGGCGCUGGUGUCGCCGCGUUGUCGCAAGACGGCGAACAACGCCCGAUGACCUUCAGCAGCUCUGUGAUUGGACAGCAGCCUCUGCUCCAGCAAAGCCAGUUCCCCAUCAACGGAAUAAACGGGGUGGGCGGAUUGAUACAGUCCCACGUGCAAUCGCUCGGUCACACGGUCGGUAUAAGCUCGCUCACGCAGAGCAUUGGUAGCUCAAGUCUGCCUAGCCUAACGAGCGGAGUGGCUUCUCUGAACCGGCCCAAGGAAUCGUGGAGCCAGAGUGAGCCGACGAGGCUGGACCAACAGGUCAGGUUCGCCGGAAGAUCGACCGGACAAUUCGGGACGGACGUGUACGGGGCGAACAACGGGUCUAUGAACUAUAGACCCGGGAUCAGACCCAACAAUCCGUUCAUAAACAAGAUGCAGGAACUGGAGGGACGUAGGAAUCCGCACGCAUUUCAGUCCAACAACUCGAAUCAGUACAGUUUCGAUAACGAAAGACAAGGAGGUGGUGGGGGUGGCGGAGGUGGUGGUGGUCGUGGCUCGAGUAACAGCUCCUCGAGAUUCUCCAGCGAGAACAAGAGCACCAGCAGCAGCGGCGGUCACUGCGUGGAGGUUCGUAACAUGCCGUUGAGCGCCACGUACAACGACGUCCGUCACGCGUUCCAGGGCAUCUACAUCAGGAAGGACGGUCUGAAGCUGAUCAACGACAACCACGGGAAUCGUGUCGGUAUCGCGUACGUUAAGUUCAGCAAAGCCGAGGGCAAGGAACUGUCACUGAGCACGCCAAGAUACGUACGCGGCUCGGAGGUCGAAGUUCUGCACCUCGACGAGAGUAUCUUCGACAAAGCGGUGGACUCGUACUCGCCCGAGAAGGAGGACAGCGUGGACGACGUUAGAUCCUCGUCGUGUAUCGUUCUCACCGAUCUACCCUCGUUCACCAAGGAGAUGGACAUAGCGAAUCUGUUCCAAGACUGGAAGAUCAACGAUCUGUUCAUCACGAGCGCGAAAGAGACCGGGAACGUUCAGGCGUAUGUGCAGUUCGCCAGGAUCGAGGACGCGAAAGCAUCCGUGAACACAUCGCUGAAGAUCGGCAGUAAAUCGGUGACAGCGACCGCGAUCACCGAGGAGAAGUUCGCGCAAGCGAAACGGGACCACGAACAGAACAGCAUGAGCCAGACCGUGACUUCCGACUGCGUGAUCAUGCGGGGCCUACCGUUUCAGACGAUCGACCGUGAUAUAUGCGAUUUCUUCUCGGACAUCGGGAUCGUUCCCGAUCGGAUACACAGGAUGUUCAACCAGAACUCUAAACCCACCGGCGAGUGUUUCUGCGAGUUCGACACCGCGGACGAGGCGCUUCGUGCUACCGCGAAGAACGGGCUACCGUUCGGCAAGAACGUUCCCACCAUAGAACUGGUGCCGCGUGCAAAAAUGUUGGAGCUACUCAGUAUGGUAGAUCCGCAGAUCAUGGAGACACAACAACAGCAUUUCCCGCCUCUGCAAGAACAACGACCCCGUUUCUCCGGGCCCAUAAAUCAUUUGCCCCGUUUCGGGAACUCUGGCAGCUUCGGGCCCAGGUGUCCACCCGGUCUAAUGGGCAUGCCUCCUAGACAUCUGAUGGGCAGACAUCCCGGGUCCAUGGACUACGUCGAGGGUUUCGGCAAACCUGGCUGCGUUUUGUCCCUGGAGAAUGUACCGUUCAAGGCGGACAUCAACGAGAUCAUCGAGUUCUUCGGCGACUUUGACGUGAAGCGGGAGAACGUGAUCAGACGCUACAACGAAAGAGGCAUGCCAACUGGGGACGCUAGAGUGGCAUUCUUGUCGCCCAACGAAGCACAAAGGGCGCUCAGAGAGCUGAAACACUGCAAGAUGAGGGACCGCACUAUAUACAUGAAGCUCGCGUGAACGUUAGGGAUAGAUUUGGCCGAAUUGCAUGACUUCCAGAGAAACAUCGAACCAACCUCGUGUGACUGAGAGGUGGUGGAGUGUGAUCAAGGAACUUCGGACCCGUGGACAGUGUCCGUUGAUUGUUUUUGUACGGGAACAACGUCGAAACGUUGUAGUCGAUCGAGGGCUGAGUGUUAG